CACCAAGUGAGCUGACGUUCACUCGUACCACGAUCAUUGCCAGUACGAUGCUCGCUGUUCUCGUUUGCGAGCAUGUAAUCAACGAGGGGACCUCAUCCGGAUGGUUACGCCCACACCAAAGGCGUCAGCCGUAUUCUCUACAAUCGCCUCUUUAGAAUGGUAUUAUCGUCGCUUCUUUCUCGUACUCGCCGCAAGUCAUCAUCCUUAACGAAACACCCUGUCGGCCACAGCAUAGGAUACAUAAAAGUCUGGCUUCUUUCAAAUUACAUGCUACCGAAUCCGCCAAAGGUAUGCGUGCCAUUGCUAACGCUGAAAUUCCCAUUCUUGUGGAAAGAUAAAACAGAUGGUGGAGCAAAAAGAGCGGUACGGAAUCAACCGCUGCCGCUCUUGCCGUCAUCCGUACGCGGUCAUAUGCAGGGAAUCAGUUGUCUCCAGGUUAUUUCUAGCGCGCAAAUAAUACUCGGCGGUAGUGCAGAUCACACUGUACGUUUGUGGAGUUUCGGAGGUCGUUACUUAUCGACGUUGGGCACAUUUCGAGAUUGGGUGCCAAUCUUGCCUACGAUACCGGUAGAAAAAUAUUUCGAUGAUAUAGGUGCUUCAUGGUGGCAUGAAACGAGUACAAAUUGAAAUUGAACAAGAGCAGAUAGAUAUUCCGAAAGAAAUGUUUCAAGGAGAACGACGCGUGCUGUAUGGUUUAAUAAUUCUGUGCUCGAGAAUUAUUAUGCAUCGCAAUUGCCUAGCAAAAUUUAUCAAGGAUAUUCGAGAUUGGAUAAUACCUUAUCACAUACUCCAAUUUAUACACAUUUAUCAACCUUCUCUCUACAACCUACAAAAGCACAAAAAACACUUCUGCUUGGAGAGAAAAUGGAACUUGC